GGCUUAAGAGAAAUGCCAGUACCAUCCUGGCUCCUGUCUGACAAAAAAAACAAAAAAGAACUAUCUAUGUUUAGCAACAGUUAUUUUUCUCCUCAGGUCACAUCAAGACAGGUAAAAAAUUGCAGUGGGAUCCCUCCUUAGGCUCAUGUGUGCAAGAGGGGGUCUUUCAAUCCAGACAGGUCCAGCCAUGCCCCACAGAUCUUCUGUUCAGUCUGCAUCCUUUCCUGAAGCAUGAAAAACACACUACAGAGCAGCAAACACUCCUAGACACAGAGAUUUUUCAACUGCAAACGAAUCUUAUGCACAUGAAUUAUAAUUUCCAAUAUAAAGGGUCACUAUUUUAUUCUUACAGCAACCCCACAAUGAAAGUAAGUCCUAUACUGUAUGUCAACACUGUGAGAUAUCUCCCUCUGGUGGUAAAUCUUAGAAAUACCCUCAGAAAAUCUCAGCUGCAGCAGUUUAACUGUAAACAUUUUUAUGUGUGUUGCUUUAACGAUGUGAAUUUUUAAAAGACCUUGGUCACACCGCAUGGGACUGAACCACCAGCUUGGUAAUAGUGCCAGUUAAUUUGAUUUCUGAUUCCAUUCCUUCAACUAUUGUCAACCUCUCUAUUUUUGUUCCUUUCUGUCCAUUUUUUGGGGAAUCUUCUUGUACAUUCUUUCAGCAGAUCAGCACAGUAUUCCUAUUGGUUUAAAUCACCUGAGGGCUCGUCUUUAAAUGGUCCUCAGCUGUCAGUUUUGCUCUAAUACAAUUAAACACACCAGUGAUUCACUAAUUCUCCUUCAACACCAGCUUAUUUCCAACAGCUUCAAAACGAUCAGCUAUUGCUCUUUAACUUUCAGAUUACCUUCUCUCACAUUUUCAUGUCUUCUUCAGCAAAUUGUGGCUACUUUAUCAUAUUCUCCCACUAUCUGUAACAUCGUCUGGUGCAUUUGUUUAGCAGAUCUGUUUUUCUGCAGCUGUUUCCCAGAAACAUAACUUUUAGUUUUACUUCUAAUAGUUUUUUCCAAGCAUGUUUGGUAGUGUUUUUGUUUGACAUGAUCGUGGCAUGGUGCUGUUAUUCUAAACAAAAGCAUGACAAAACCUGUCAUUUGGCCCUAAAAUUACAAGAUAAAAAGAUAAAGAAGUCUGUGUCUUUGUAUCUGUCAACUCAAUAAGUAAACCACCAUUGCUGGGCUGAAAGAUGAAAAUGGCCUGAGGAGUAAGUAAUCCUUUCUAUAAAGCUGUUUUAAAUGGGAUGAGCUAAGCAUAGGGGUUGAACACGCGGUGUCUCUGUGAAGACUCCUCCUUUUAGUUUUACAUGUGGCAUGGAAACAAGUAAAAUGCGUCUGUGACAGACCCAGGAAGAGGCUGUCACAGCCAGACUGGAAUCAUGCUCAGAGUUGUACUGUAGGUCAGCAGUCAUUAAUGGGAAGUCACAGAGGUAUGAAAGGGGAACAUAACUACACUUGCAGACAGAUUACCCUUUAUGAUGUAACCAGUUGGACUUAGUCUCAUUUCACCUGCUCUGCUGGAAGAUGGCCAGUACAGCAGAGGACCCACACUUGGGCUCAGGUCCAGAUGACGAUGACACACGUUCAUUGGGAAGGGACUCGGACUCUGAGAGCAUCCUCUCCGAUGACUCUGUGCUUCCUGACUACACGCGGGAGAACAAAAACGGAAGUGCAACAUCAACACUGUAUCUGGCAUGCGCCCGUAACGAACCGACCUCUCUGCAAGGAGUUCUAGACAGAGGGGUGACAAAAGAGGAGGUGAUGGAGCUGGACGUCAACGGCUGGAAUGGCUUGAUGGUGGCAUGCUGCAAAGGUUUCUUAGAAAUCGUGUACGGGCUUCACAGUUGCCCCUUCAUCGACAUAAAUCACCAGGACAAGGAGGGAAACACAGCACUGAUGAUCGCAUCACAAGCAGGUCACAUCAGCACAGUGAUGUAUCUCCUCAACUACUUUCCUGGCGUAGACACUGAGAUAAAGGACUGUCGGGGGUUCACGGCCCUCAUCAAAGCGGCCAUGACAGGCCGCAGUGACGUCGUGGCAGCUCUCGUUAUGGCCGGGGCUGACAUACAUGCAGUGGAUUCUGCUCGUGGAAAAUGUGCUCGGGACUGGGCGCUCAAGACCGGUCGCUAUGAGACUUUGCAUCGUCUGCGCCGCCUAGCAUUACGGCCAAAAGCCGAGCAGUUCUGCGAGAGCUACGUCCCCGAGUGGCCUGAACUGAAAGCGAGAGUUUACAAAGCCACAACUCAGAAAAGUCCCACAGAGAAAAUUACGCUGCGGAUCAAAAACACAUUCGGAUUUAGCUUUCCACGUGAUCCCCAGGACAACGGGGUCUUGGACCACUUGGUGAGGAUGACAACCAGUGUCCACAGCCCUCUCAUUUCAACCGGAUGUCACCCACUCUGUCCCACAAGUCCUCCGGAGAUGGGGAAGAGGAGGCUUGCAGUGAGUGAGCUGGUGAAGAAACACUCACAGAAGGAGCUGGAAGAAAGCUCGGUGUGCCACAGCAACGGCUCAGUCUCGUACAUCAUCCCAACAGUCCACUCUGCCGAGACGAUCGCUUCGACGUGUUGCCCUGACACGGAGCGGAGGGGCAGCAUCCUCUCACUGGCCUCCACCAAAGUGGCUACUACGUUCAUUCCCCGAAGUAUGGCGAGACGGAACAGCGUUUUCCCCUCUGGAUGCAUUCCCAAGAUCAAUGUGGACAGGCCUUCGGAGGCCACGCCGAAGAAAGAAAAGAAGAAAAAGAAGAAGAAGGAAAAGGGCUACCUGGAACCACCAAAAUGGAAAUACAAGGAGCUGAAAGAUGAGAAGAAGAAGGAGAAGAAAAAGGCUGAAAAAGAGAAGGAAGAAAAAGAGAAGAAAAAGGACAAAGACGGCAAGAGGGCAAAAAAAUAAUUUUCAGAUUUGAGAGCUACAGUUUAAAAAAAAGUUUAAAGUCUUCUCUGUGCUUGAAAUGUUUAAAUAAAAUAAUGAAAAUGAACCAAAGUUUGAAUGUCAGAGGCAAGAACACACCACUGAUGCUGGCACAUCAUAUGACUUGAUCCACAAGCACCAAUAGGGCUGUUUUUUAUAUCUUUUUUUUAUGCCUAAAUGACUCAAGUUGACUAAGACAACCGUAUAUUUUAUACCUCAUGCAUGAAGUGAGGGUGGUGAUAGCAUACAAGAUUAUGUGAGCAGGUGGCAUAGUUGUACUAUUCAGUGGUAUUUAAGAUAAUCUAAAUUUUAAUAGUUAAACACACCCUUUUUAGUACUUUAUAUUGCUAAAAGUAUUUGUUUAAACGUCUGCGUAGCUACAUAUUACAGUUUGUUGACUUACCUGCUCAUUGAAUAUAUUGAAUGAAUAAAUAAUGUAACAAGGAAACUGUUCUAUGUUUGCAAGAAACCCAUAUUUUCUAAUUCAGUCAAAUUUUUGUUCCCAUUCGUUACAUAACAUAAAGUGGACGAUACAAAUGACUCCAUAUGUACUUGAAAGUUAAAUAACGACAUGUAAAUAUAUUAUAGCUUAAUUUAGAUACUUUCGUAUCCAU